AUGCGUAACAAUUAUUGGCCGAUCUCAGGAAGGGAUGCAAUUCGUCGUGUCUUAAGAAGUUGCGUAGUAUGCUUUCGUAUAAAACCUGUGAGUACAAAGCAAUUAAUGGGUGAUUUGCCGGCUGUGAGGGUAACGCAAGCGAGAGCGUUUCUACAUACUGGACUAGAUUAUGCGGGUCCGUUUUCAAUAAAGAUAUCGCGCAAUAAAACGAGCAAAUGCUAUUUAGCGAUUUUUGUCUGUUUAGCCACUAAAGCGGUACAUUUUGAGUUGGUGCUGGAUUUAAAGGCAACAUCAUUUCUCAAUGCAAUGAAAAGAUUUAUCGCUAGAAGGGGUAAAUGUGCCACUCUAUACUCGGAUAAUGGUACCACGUUUGUGGGAGCAAAUAAUCAGCUGUUAGAAUUGAAGGAGUGUUUAGCACAACAAGCAGUUCAAAAUCAGAUAAAAAACUAUUGUACUGAACAAUUUAUUGACUGGAAAUUUAUUCCUCCAUAUUCUCCUCAUAUGGGAGGAAUAUGGGAAGCAGCCGUUAAGUCAGCAAAAACUCAUAUGCGUAAGAUUAUAGGUACGACAGCGUUAAGUUUCGAAGAAUUAUAUACAGUAUUAACACAAAUCGAAGCGGUUUUAAAUUCGCGACCGCUCACGCAGUUAGCUAAUGAUCCAACAGAUUUACAACCAUUAACUCCGGGACAUUUUCUCAUAGGAGAACCUAUGAAUGCUAUUCCGGAACCAGAUAUUAGCGAAGUACCUAUGAAUCGGUUAACGCGUUAUCAAUUGCUGGAACAGAUGCGGCAAUAUUUUUGGUCCAGGUGGUCAAAGGAAUAUGUAAUCCAAUUACAACAAAGAUAUAAAUGGAAAUAUUCGGAGUUUAUUAACAUAUGUCCAGGAGCUAUGGUUCUUUUGAGAAAUGAGAAUACAUCUUCAAUGGUAUGGCCGUUAGGACGUAUUGUGGAAUUACACCCCGGACCGGACGGGAUUACUAGAGUAGUGACAGUGCGAACUAGUCAGGGUUUAUGUAAGCGAGCUAUAACCAAGAUAUGUUUAUUACCCAUCGACGAUAAAAACGCUGUAAUUGCAGAAUAA